UCAGCAAAAGCAUGUGCUCUAGAUUCGUUUUUGCCGUUUCCCACCUCGUCAUCGGCCGUGACGUCAUGUCAGCACUCAAUCCGAUCGUGUUUGUAUUGUGCAUAUAUACAAGCGUACUUCGGUUAUAGCAAGAGCGAAAAACCCAAAGAAACUCGGUGACUCACUUUCGUUUACACUUGACGAACCAUUCUCCUUCAACGAUACACAAGCACACUAUCGUAUAAAUACGUAUCUGUCAUCGCUAGUAGCUUUAUUUGAGAGUUUGUUUUUGAUGCGUACAGCGAUUUUUGGUUGUUGAUUUCAAAUCUGUUAUUUACUUCAUUGAGAAUAAAGCGUGAUUAUAAUGUCUGCGGUUCCAUUUGUUCAAUUAAAUGACGGCAAUCGUAUGCCUGCUCUUGGUCUUGGCACUUGUGCGUCAAGUGGAAGUGAAAUAGAAAAAGCAGUAAAAGAUGCCAUCGAUGUUGGAUAUCGUCACAUUGAUACCGCUUGGGCUUAUGAGAAUGAACAUUCCAUUGGGAAAGCAGUGAGAAGCAAAAUUGCCGAAGGUGCUGUUAAGCGGUCGGAUAUGUUUAUUGUGACAAAGCUAUGGAACACGUUCCAUGAACCACAUCAAGUAGAACGAGCAUGUCGUCAAUCUUUGAACAAUUUGCAAUUGGACUAUAUUGAUCUGUAUUUGAUUCAUUUCCCCUUUGGUUACGCGUAUAAAAAUGAUCACGAACAAUGGCCGCGAAAUCCAGAUGGAACUCGUGCACUAAGUAAUGUCGACUUUAUCGACACAUGGACAGCGAUGGAGCGUUUGGUUGAGUUGGGAUGGGUCAAAAGUAUCGGAGUAUCCAAUUUCAAUAGUGAACAAAUUGCUCGAUUAUUGACAGUCGCUAAGAUACGUCCAGUUGUUAAUCAAGUGGAGUGCUCGCCAACAAUUAGCCAAAAGAAACUUACGAAAUUCUGCAAAGACCGUGACAUUGCCAUCACUGGAUUUUGCCCGUUAGGUCAUCCAAGCCCAGCAUCAAAAACACCAGCAUUCAUGUAUGACGGUCGAGUUGAGGCAAUCGCCGAUAAAUAUAAUAAAACGCCAGCACAAAUUGGACUGAGAUAUUUGCACGAGCUGGGUGUUACACCAAUACCGAAAUCAGUACGAAAACAACGAAUGAUCGAGAAUAUGAGCAUCUUUGAUUUCACACUGACAAACGAAGAGAAACAGUUUAUGGAUUCAUUCAAUACAGGACAACGAUUAGUUGCUAUGUAUGAUGCUAGAAAAUCACCAUACUGGCCUUAUGGAAUUAAAUUUUAAGAGAUCAACUAUUAUUAAUUUUAAAAAGAUAUUCACGUUUGACGCACAACGAACAAAAUAUUAUUUAUCACAAGCCUCGUUAUGUAUGAUUUUGAUCGAAGUUCCCAUUUUCAUUCAUUUUUAUGAUUCAAUUUCUAUUACCAUUUUUAAAAAAAUUAAAUUGUAUUGUAAGCUACAACUUUUGGUUAUUCUUUAGAGGAAAACGAUAUGCAAAUGGUUGAAAUAAAAAAAAAAUUGAGAUUUUUAGAGCGAAA